ACGGCAGAGCCAGUCAUCCACCUGACAGCUGGGCAGCCAGACAGACGGCAAAAUGGCACUGAACAUGCAGAUCCGGGCUGCCUGCCUCCUGCUGCUCCUCCUGGCCAGCCUGACCAGUGGCUCCGUUCUCCCGCACCAGACAAGACAGCUUGCAGACCUCCAGACCCAGGACGCAGCUGGAGUUGCAGCUGGCUUAACGCCCGUGGUCCAGAGGCUAAGGAGGCGAGACACCCACUUCCCCAUCUGCGUGUUCUGCUGCGGCUGCUGUCACAAAUCAAAGUGUGGGAUGUGCUGCAAGACAUAGAGCCGCCCUGUCCCCCAACCCCUUAUUUAUUCCCGCUGCCCUCCAACACUCGGUGAAUGGUCUUGGAAUAAAAUGGCUGGUUCACGCUUUUAUUUUCCAAAC